AUGGAAGAACUUCAGAUCCAACCACAUCAGCUUAAUGUUCAUUCAUAUAAAUCCCCUCACUUUUGUGAUUUCUGUGGAGAGAUGUUGUUUGGACUUGUGAAACAAGGCUUGAAAUGUGAUGGUUGCGGCCUCAAUUUUCACAAAAGAUGUGCCUACAAGAUACCAAACAACUGUUCACUAGAAAAACACAGGCGGCCUUCAUCUGGAAGCAUCAGGUCAGACACACCAACGGACACCCAGUCAUUAAUCGUUCCACCAGUUGGACCUCCACUUUCCCCAAGUUUUGAUGGUCGAAAUAGUAGGUCCAAAUCUUGGUGUGGCCGUCCAAUUUGGAUUGAUAAGCAGUAUGCUGGCAGAAUCAAAGUCCCGCAUACGUUCAAUGUCCACAAUUACACCAAGCCAACAGUAUGCCAAUCUUGUAAGAAACUUCUCAAGGGUCUUUUCAGGCAAGGAAUGCAAUGCAAAGAUUGCAAGUUUAACUGCCAUCGUAAAUGUGCCGGUAAUGUUCCAAAUGAUUGUGCUGGUGAUCUUUCAAAUCCCUGUGGAAUAGAAAACUUUCCAGAGUUUGUGGACAAUUCAGAAAAUGAAGGCCUCAAUGAAACUGAUACAUCAGAAUACGGAGAUGAUGACUUUGAACCACAGAAGCCUCCCCUCAGCCCGACACAAAGCACAAAUAUUCCAUUGAUGCGUAUCAUCCAAUCGGUGAAACAUACCAAAAAAGCUGGAUCCAACAUCCUCAAAGAAGGCUGGAUGGUGCAUUUAACAGACAAAGAUCCAUUGCGAAAGAGGCAUUAUUGGAGGCUGGAUACAAAAUCUAUUACACUCUACCAGAAUGAAACAACCACAAGGUAUUUCAAGGAAAUUCAACUUGAUAAAAUAUUGUCUGUUGAACCUGUCAAGUCAGAUAAGAUAAAUACUUCUGCCAAGCUCCAGCCGCAUGUAUUUGAAAUCCGUUUACCAAAUAUGGUUUACUUUGUGGGUGAGGAUAGUACAUAUGGCAAAGAUAACGGUGACAAUGUUGUUUCAUCACCAGAGAGUGGAGUUGGACUUGAACAGGCUCAUCAUUGGGAACAGGCCAUUCGACAAGCUCUUAUGCCUGUAACAUCUAAUGUGACUGAAGAUGAAGAAAGUUCUGUUGAUUCUUCAGAUGCAAAACGGGAUAUCAGUGUCCUGUAUACAAUUUGUGCCGAAGAUGUUCUUGGUUCUGGACAGUUUGGGACCGUUUUUGGAGGUCAACACAAGAAAACUCGGCAAGCAGUUGCUAUUAAGGUUAUUGAUAAAUUGAGAUUCCCCACAAAGCAAGAAGCUCGAUUAAAAAAUGAAGUUUCUAUUUUACAGUUAUGUCUGAUGCACCUGGAGCUUCUAUCUAUUAUAAGAGUUUCAGAAAGGAAAGAGACGUGUCGAUAUCACUUUUUCUAUUCUUUCUUUUGUUUGUUUUUCUGGGAUUUUUUAUGUUCUUCAUGUUUUGCCACUUUUUCCAUUUUCUAUUUGCUUCAUCUGGCUUUUUUCCUUUUCCUUAUUUCUUUUUUCCUUCUUUUCUUUUUAAUGUUUCAAUUUUUUUUCCUUUCUCCGUUUUUUUUAUUCUCGUUUUUUUUUUCUCUUUUCUCCUUCAUUUUUCCUUUGCCUUCUUGUUUUUCCUUUGCCUUUUUCCCUUGUAUUUUUUUUUCUCCUUCCUUUUACCCUUGUAUUUUUUCUCCUUCCUUUUACCCUUGUAUUUUUUUUCUCCUUCCUUUUACCCUUGUAUUUUUUUUCCUUCUCCUUCCUUUUACCCUUGUAUUUUUUUUCCUUCUCCUUCCUUUUACCCUUGUAUUUUUUUUCCUUCUCCUUCCUUUUACCCUUGUAUUUUUUUUCCUUCUCCUUCCUUUUACCCUUGUAUUUUUUUUUCUCCUUCCUUUUACCCUUGUUUUUUUCCUUCUCCUUCCUUUUACCCUUGUUUUUUUCCUUCUCCUUCCUUUUUCCCUUUUUUUUCCUUCUCCUUCCUUUUACCCUUGUUUUUUUCCUUCUCCUUCCUUUUACCCUUGUUUUUUUUUUCCUUUUACCCUUGUUUCUUCUUUCUCCUCCUUUUUUUUUCCUCCUUUCCCCUCCUUUUUUUUUUCUCCUUUUUUUUCUUCAUUUUUCUUUAUUUUCUCAUUUUCAAUAUUUCCAUUCAUUUUUCUUUUCUGUUUUUCCUUCUUAUCCCCACCAACCCUGCAGCAUCCAGGUGUUGUUAAUUUGGAACAGAUGUUCGAGACUCCUGAAAGGAUAUUUGUUGUCAUGGAAAAACUUCAGGGUGACAUGCUUGAUAUGAUUCUGUCCAUACCUCGAGGAAGACUUGUAGAGAGAGUUGCAAAAUAUUUGAUAUCACAGAUAUUAGUGGCCUUAAGACAUCUUCAUUUAAAGAAUAUCGUUCACUGUGAUUUGAAACCUGAAAAUGUAUUGCUUGCUUCGGAAUCUUCCUUUCCUCAGGUGAAAUUGUGUGAUUUUGGAUUUGCCAGAAUUAUUGGGGAAAAGUCUUUUCGACGAUCUGUUGUUGGUACUCCCGCCUAUCUCGCUCCAGAAGUGUUGACCAGUAAAGGUUAUAAUCGGUCCUUGGAUAUGUGGUCAGUGGGGGUCGUUAUAUAUGUAAGCCUUAGUGGAACAUUCCCUUUCAAUGAAGAUGAAGAAAUUAGUGAUCAAAUUCAGAAUGCUGCUUUCAUGUAUCCUCCUUCUCCUUGGAGAGAGAUUUCUCAGGAAGCUAUCGAUUUGAUCAGUAACCUGCUUCAAGUUAAUACCAGAAAACGUUUCACAGUCGAUAAAUCCUUGGCUCAUCUUUGGCUGCAAGUAAGUGAUUUUUUUCCUCUAUUUUGCAACUAUAUUUUUUUUACUGCCACACCUCCCUUAAUGACCUUGUGUCACCUCCUAACACUCUAG